AUGAUAUUAUUACGUGGUUCAUUCUCGCAUAACCCAUUUCAACCUUUCCCGCGUAAAUCAGCAACAAAUUUCCCGAAGUAUUUUUGUGGGAAAUUGAGUGGAUUGAGAUUAGCUGCUUUUCGAACUUCUGCAAGUUUCCGAAUCGUCGAUCAAGAAGAUGAGAAGGUCCCAGAAAGUUUUGAGAUGAAGGUGGAUAAAAACAAUUCCGGCCGAGUUUUUGCUAAUCAGCAGACAUACUGUUGGCUCUUAGAAGGCUAUACGAAUUCCGGAUCUCUGAUAGACGCUAAGAAGCUUCAUGGGAGGGUCCUGAAAUCAGGUUUUGAUAGGGAUUACGUAAUUUGCAGCCGUCUAGCUGAUGUUUACGCCUCAAAAGGUGAUUUAACUGAUGCAUGCCAGGUAAUCGAUGAAAUGCCUAACAGAGAUGUGACUUUUUGGAAUAACUUAAUCUUUGGUUUAAUCGGAAAGAAGUUGACUACUAUAGUAUUGGGUCUAUUUUCAAAAAUGUUAGCAGAAAACCACUCCCCUAAUGAAGUAACAUUUGCAAAUGUUCUACGUGCUAUUACAGGAGAUAACUUUCAUCAUAGCAACAUAAAACAGAUCCACAACAAGAUCAUUCGUUAUAGUUUUGGUUCAAACUACAUUGUCUGCAAUCCAUUAAUCGAUUUAUAUGCAAAAAAGGGGUAUAUCAACACUGCAAGAUACAUCUUUCAAAACCUGGAUAUGAAAGAUAACGUUUCUUGGGUUGCUAUGAUCUCUGGAUUCUCCCAAAAUGGACAUGAAGAAGAAAGCAUUUUGUUAUUUCUUGAAAUGCAUAAUUCUGGAACUUCACCCACUCCUUAUGUUUUCUCUAGUGUCAUAAGCUCAUGUACAAAGAUUGCAUUUUUCAACCUUGGAGAACAGUUACAUUCCCUUAUCCAUAAAUGGGGUUUUUCAUCUGAAACUUUUGUCUGUAAUGCCCUUGUCACUUUAUAUUCACGCUCCAACAAUUUCUCAUCUGCUGAACAAAUCUUUAGCAGAAUGGAAUAUCGUGAUGGAGUAUCAUACAACACUCUUAUUUCAGGUCUUUCUAAAAAAGGAUUAAGUGAGAAAGCUUUAGAACUAUAUGAAAGAAUGCAAUCUGAUAACUUAAAACCAGAUUCUGUCACAGUUGCUAGCCUCUUAAGUGUUUGUGCUUCAAUUGGAGAUUAUCAUAAAGGAACACAACUCCAUUCUUAUGCAAUAAAAUCAGGAAUGUGUUCAGAUAUAAUCAUAGAAGGUUCUUUACUUGACCUUUAUGUAAAAACUUCAGAUGUGAAAACUGCUCAUGAGUUCUUUAACACAACAAGAAAAGAAAAUGUUGUUCUAUGGAAUGUGAUGUUAGUGGCUUAUGGACAAUUAGGUGAUCUUCAUGAAUCUUUUUGUAUUUUUUCUCAAAUGCAAAUUUCAGGAUUGAGACCUAAUCAAUACACGUAUCCUAGUAUUUUAAGGACAUGUACUUUAGUUGGGGAUUUGGAUCUUGGAGAACAGAUUCAUACCCAAGUUGUGAAAACGGGUUUUCAGUUGAAUGUAUAUGUUUGUAGUGUGCUUAUUGACAUGUACUCUAAGCAUGGAUACUUGGACACUGGUUUGAAAAUUCUCAAAACCCUAAAUGAAAAAGACGUUGUUUCUUGGACAGCUAUGAUUGCUGGAUACACACAACAUGAUUUGUUUCUUGAAGCUUUGAAUACGUUUUAUGACAUGAUUCAUGAAGGAAUCCAAUCAGAUAACAUCGGAUUUUCAAGUGCAAUUACUGCAUGUGCUGGAAUUCAAUCGAUUAAUCAAGGAAGUCAAAUCCAUGGUCAAACUGUUGUCAAUGGGUAUUCAUCUGAUCUUUCAAUUGGAAACUCACUUGUUUGUUUAUACGCACGAUGUGGUAGAAUACAUGAAGCGUAUUUAGCAUUUGACAAAAUUGACGUUAAAGAUAACGUUUCAUGGAAUGGGUUAGUUUCAGGGUUUUCACAAAGUGGGAAUUUUGAGGAAUCUUUGAAAGUUUUUUCUAAAAUGAAUGAACUUGGAGUUGAAAUGAAUAUGUUUACAUAUGGAUCUGCUGUUAGUGCAGCUGCAAACACAACAAACAUGACACAAGGGAAACAAAUCCAUGGAAAAAUGAUGAAAACAGGGUAUAAUUUGGAAACCGAAGCUUCAAACGUUUUAAUAACUUUAUAUUCAAAAUGUGGGAGUCUUCAAGAUGCUAAACAAGAGUUUCUUAAAAUUCAUAAAAAGAAUGAAAUCUCAUGGAAUGCAAUGAUUACAAGUUAUUCACAACACGGAUGUGGAAAUGAAGCGAUUAAACUCUUUGAAGAAAUGAAAUAUUACAAAUUCACACCAAAUUAUGUAACUUUUGUAGGUGUUUUAACAGCUUGUAGCCAUGUGAGAUUAGUUGAAAAGGGAAUCGAGUAUUUCAAAUCCAUGAGUGAAAAUUACGGAUUAACCCCUAGACCCGAACAUUACGCGUGUGUUGUAGAUAUCCUCGGGCGGGCCGGGUAUUUGACCCGAGCGAUGGAGUUCAUAAAGUCAAUGGAAGUCAAACCAGACGCGAUGACAUGGCGAACGCUUUUAAGCGCGUGUACAGUUUAUAAGAACAAAGAAAUUGGGGAAAUUGCUUCGAAGCAUCUUCUUGAAUUAGAGCCACAAGAUUCAGCGACUUAUGUUUUGUUAUCAAAUAUGUAUGCGGUUUCUGGGAAAUGGGAGGAUAGAAAUCGGACAAGAAAGUUGAUGAAAGAUAGAGGGGUGAAAAAGGUACCUGGUCAAAGCUGGAUUGAGGUCAAGAACAGUGUUCAUGCGUUCUUUGUUGGUGAUCGAUUGCAUCCGAAAGCUGAUGAGAUUUAUGAUUAUUUGGAAGUGAUUAAUAAAAGGGUUUGUGAAAUUGGGUAUGUGCAAGAUCGAUAUAGUCUUUUGAAUGAUUUGGAGCAAGAUCAGAAGGAAGCAUCGAGUUGUGUGCAUAGUGAGAAGUUGGCGAUUACAUUUGGGCUUAUGAGUUUGUCAAUUAGGGUUCCUAUUCGUGUGAUGAAGAAUCUUCGUGUGUGGAUUCGUAUCGGUUUCAUCAUUUUGGGGAGGGUGUUUGUUCUUGUAAAGAUCAUUGGUGAUUUUGAUGCGUUUGAGGAAAUUUUUAAGGUGUUCACAGAAACCAUUAAAACCGGCUAUUGA